AUGUAUCCAAAUAUGAAAAUAAAUCGAAAUUAUUCAUGGGAAAAUUGGAGUUUACAUGGAUAUAUAUUUGGAAUGCUUUUAAUAAUUAUUGGUAUUGUAAUACAAAUUCUUGAAUAUCCACGUAUAUUUAAUGGUCCAACAAAUAUAAAUGAUAAUCUUUAUACAAUAUCAAAUUAUUAUAAUCAUUGGUGGCCAUGGACAUAUGCAGCUAGUAUAUUUGGUCUUUUUACAUUAUUAACUGGUAUAAUGGGAAUUUUAGCUGGUAUUCGAAAAAGUUAUGGAUCAAUAUUAAGUUUUUUUAUAAUGUGUUUAUUUUCAACAUUAUUUGCUAUAUAUUUAAUUAUUUAUUUUGCAUUAAUUAUUAAAUUUUAUCAAAUAAUGACAAUAAAAAAUAAAACAAAUCAACGUACAGAUACUGAAACAAUUGCCUAUGGUCUUGCUAGUACACAAUUAGCUAUGGGAUGUAUUAAUUUUUUAAUUAGUUUCAUAGCUACAAUAUUUGCUGGACGUGCUAUUGCAAUUUGUAUACCAAAAGGUGUUUUAUAUGAUGAUGUACAACCAAUGUCAAUAUCAACAUCAUAUCGACCUUAUACAAAUCGAUAUGGAUUUUAA